CGAACGGUUUGAGCCCGCGCUGCCUGUGACGCUGAAGCUGGGUGCUCGUGGCUAUCGGUAGGAUUAUCUUAAAAACACACUGAAAACAGUUUUAACUCGCAAACAUGGCGAAGCAAAGCUCCCUUUUCAAUUUUUUUGCCAAGUCUCCGCCGCCAGUCUCCAAGUCGAAGCCGAGUCCCUCUCCCACCGAGGCGGACCUGCCUUCCUCCGUUUUGAAGUCCAGCUCCUCUCCAAAGGAGCAAGCCAAACAAACACCACAACAACCUGCCAAGACCAACAAAGUAAAAGUGAAGAGUAAGGACAAGUCCACUAAAGGAGGGUUCAGCAAACUGUUUGGCGACAAGGCCGCAACAGCCAAACAGAGCGACAACACAUGCACAUUUAGUGCUGGCGCCCUUGUGUGGGCAAAACUGGAGGGACACCCCUGGUGGCCAUGCAUGGUGGUACCCCAACCACUGUCCGGACAGCAGAUGAGGGGCAAGGGUCGGGCCCAACGCAUACAUGUCCAUUUCUUUGAUGAACCCGCUACUAGAGGAUGGGUCAGCACCAAAUAUGUCCGAGAUUACCAAGGCUCGGACAGCAGGGAUGCUAAAAUAGGCGGGGUGUUCUUCAGCGGCAAACCUGUGUUCCGCCAUGCAAUGGAGCUCGCUGAUCAAGGUUUGUUCGACAGUCCAGAUAAAAGACUAAAGAUCCCUCUCUGUAUGGAUCCCUCUGAUGAUGAUGAUGAAGAAGAGGAGGAGGAUGAUGAAGAGGAAGAAAUGGAGCUAGACAAGUCUACGUUGACUGAUGAAGAGCUCACUGAUCAGGACGAACCGAACAAUGAGAAAGGGAAGUCGGCCAAAGUCAGUCUACGGUCAUCCCGGGCUUCAACAGGAAGUGAAAAUAAAGCCAAGCGCCGCCGCAUAGUUGUAGCUUCAGAUAGUGGUGGAUCAGACGAGGAAUUCAAGCCAGAACAGGCUGCGUCCAGCAGCGAGGACGAGGGGGAAGAAGCAACGGUGGCUAGUGAAGACGACGGAGGCGGCGAGAUCACAAAUGAUUCCGAAGCAGAAAGCCCCAUCAAGCCUGCAAAGCGCAAACGUCCUGAAGAAAAGUCUGGUCCAACAAAAUCUAAGAUACCAAUUACUCCGUCUAACGCACCAAAACGCUAUCCAGCAGCUGUCGCAGACGACACUAAGUCUCGUCUGACAGCCUUCUCUGCCCCCGACAACAUUGAUAGCCAAGCAAACGGAUCAGGCACCGGUGUUAGCGCCACCAUUUGGGACCACGAGAAGCUGGAGUGGUUGCAGGGUGGCAGGAGGAAAGACAGCCGAAGGCGGCGACAGUCGGAGAACGACUAUGAUUCAUCCUCCUUGUAUGUGCCAGAAGACUUUCUCAACAGAACCACUCCUGGUAUGCGUCGGUGGUGGCAGCUCAAAUCUGAAAUGUUUGAUACAGUCCUUUUCUUUAAGGUGGGGAAGUUUUAUGAGCUCUACCACAUGGAUGCUGUGAUCGGAGUCAACGAGAUGGCGCUAACGUUCAUGAAGGGGACCUGGGCACACUCAGGCUUCCCAGAGAUCGGCUUUGCGCGUUUCUCAGAUGUGCUGGUUCAGAAAGGCUACAAGGUGGCUCGUGUGGAGCAGACAGAGACCCCAGACAUGAUGGAAGUGCGCUGUAAGAAAAUGGCUAGACCCACCAAGUUUGACCGCGUGGUGAAUAGAGAAGUGUGCCGCAUUAUCACACGUGGCACCCAAACCUACAGCGUGUUGGACGGGGCUCCGUCCGAGAGUCAGAGCAAGUUCCUGCUGAGUUUAAAGGAAAAGGCUGAAGAGGAAAGCUCGGGGCGCUGCCGUACUUACGGAGUCUGCUUUGUAGAUACCUCUGUGGGUUAUUUCCAUGUCGGUCAGUUCCCAGACGACCGUCACUGCUCACGUCUGCGCACCCUGAUAGCACACUUUGCCCCUGCUGAAGUGCUCUUUGAAAAGGGGAACCCAUCUGUUGAAACACGCAAAAUAUUUAAAGCCUCUCUGUCCUCUGCUCUGCAGGAAGGGCUUAAUGCUGGCACACAGUUCUGGGAUGCUCAAAAGACUCUGAAAAACCUCUCUGAAGAAGAUUACUUUAGAGAGACCACGGGCAAGGAUCAGGGGAAAGGGAAAAACGCUCUUCCUUCUCUUCUGAAAAAGAUGACCUCCAACACGGAUUCACUGGGCCUUACUCCUAAAGAGGGCCAUGAGCUGGGACUGUCAGCACUGGGAGGAUGUAUUUUCUAUCUGAAGAAAUGCCUGGUUGACCACGAGCUGCUCUCUUUGGCCAACUUUGAAGAAUAUGUCCCUGUUGACGUUGAGCUGGAGGAAGCUGCAGGACGUGACAAUUUCUUUUCCCGGACUCGUCAGCGGAUGGUCCUUGACGGAGUUACUCUAGCAAACUUGGAAAUCUUUCAGAACGGCUUAGGAGGAACUGAAGGGACGCUGCUGGAGCGCUUGGACACCUGCUCUACCCCAUUUGGCAAGAGGCUGUUGAAGCAGUGGCUCUGUGCUCCUCUGUGUAACCCGUCAUCCAUCAAGGACAGACUGGACGCUGUGGAGGAGCUGAUAGCAGCUCAGGCCCAAGCCACUGAGGUUUCAGACCUGCUGAAGAAACUCCCAGAUUUGGAGCGUCUUCUGAGUAAAAUCCACAGCAUCGGCACUCCUCUGAAGGGCCAGGAUCACCCUGACAGCAGAGCAGUUCUCUAUGAGGAGGUCACAUACAGCAAGCGCAAGAUCACAGACUUCCUCUCAGCACUGGAAGGUUUCAAAACGAUGCAAGAGAUCAUCACUGUCCUCACUCCAGUCGCAGGCAACUGUCAAUCCAAGUUGCUCCAUCAAGUUGUCAGUCUGAAAGGUGAAAAGGACGGCCUCUUUCCCGAUCUCUCUGCUGAACUCAAACGCUGGGACAAAGCCUUUGACCAUAACAAAGCCCGCACCACCGGCGUCAUCACACCCAAAGCCGGCUUUGACCCAGAGUUCGACGAGGCUCUGUCCUCCAUCAAGGACUGUGAGCGAGAGCUGCAGGAUUACCUGGACCAACAGAAGAAGAGGGUUGGCUGUAAGAACAUGUGCUACUGGGGGACUGGGCGAAACCGGUUCCAGAUGGAGGUGCCCGACAGCAUCUCGGAGAGGAAUAUUCCCAAGGAGUACGAUGUGAAGUCUACGAAGAAAGGCUGGAAGCGUUAUGUGACGAGGGAAUCUGAGCGGCUGUUCUCAGAGCUGCAAGGAUAUGAGGAGAAGAGAGACGCUGCCCUGAAAGACUGCAUGAGGAGGCUCUUCUACAACUUCGACAAGAACUACAGAGACUGGAAGACUGGUGUGGAGUGCAUGGCAGUGCUCGAUGUGCUGCUGGCCUUCUCCCGCUACAGUCAGGGCGGAGACGGCUCCAUGACCCGCCCACAGGUGGUGCUCCCCGAGGGUGAUGACCAGGUGGCACCCUUCCUCGACCUCACCGGAUCCCGCCACCCCUGUGUCACCAAGACCUUCUUUGGCGACGACUUCAUCCCUAAUGACGUCUUCAUCGGCUGCCCUGGCAGCAGUGAGGCUGGUGAGGAGAACGGGCAGGCCUCCUGUGUCCUCGUCACCGGGCCAAACAUGGGGGGGAAGUCUACCCUCAUGAGACAGUGUGGACUUGUGAUCAUCCUCGCUCAGCUGGGUUGCUACGUCCCCGCUGAGAGCCUGCGCUACACGCCUGUCGACAGAGUCUUCACUCGGCUGGGAGCCUCAGAUCGUAUCAUGGCUGGAGAGAGUACCUUCUUUGUGGAGCUCAGUGAGACAGCCAGCAUCCUGCACCAUGCCACCAAACACUCUCUUGUGCUCCUUGAUGAAUUAGGAAGGGGCACAGCCACAUAUGAUGGCACAGCCAUUGCCAGUGCUGUUGUGAAGGAGCUUGCUGAGAAGAUCUGCUGUCGCACGCUCUUCUCCACACAUUACCACUCCCUGGUGGAGGACUACGCCAACAACCCUGCUGUGCGCCUGGGCCACAUGGCGUGCAUGGUGGAGAAUGAAUGUGAGGACCCGAGUCAAGAGACCAUCACAUUCCUCUACAAGUUCAUCACCGGUGCUUGUCCCAAGAGUUACGGCUUCAACGCAGCUCGUCUGGCCAGCCUGCCAGAGGAGGUCAUCCAAUCAGGACACAGGAAGGCCCAGGAGUUUGAGAAGAGCACCAUCAGCCUCCGCCUCUUCAAGAAGCUCUGCCAGUUUGCUGAAGAUGUUUCUGUGGGCAACACACACUUUACUUCACUUGUUCAGAUGCUCAACAACCUGUAGUGUAAAAAAAAAGGAGAAAAGUUUUGUUCUGUUUGUCACCUGAAAAAACACUACUGUUAUGAUUUAAUAAAGUUUAUUUUUUAAAAAUGACAAUGUUUCAUCUAGGAAAUUAAACCCUUUUAAUUCACGCUAGCGCCUACAUAACGGUUAUUGAAUACUUCACAAUAUAUUAAGUCUAGAUGUUAUGAUACAUGCAUACAUUUCAGUCUGUAUGAGAACCCACAAUCACCAGUACACAUGAAAGGGGGGUGGGGGGGGGGAACCAUAAAGCGCUGCAUAUAGAUACUUGUCUCAGCUUCAGUGGAGUAAAAGCUUAUAACAUUCUCCAGCAACAUUGGCAAACAAGGAAGAAACACACCGAAGUAAACUUUGCUUUCACAAGACUUGCAUUUUUUUUCUUCCAUGACCUUAUCAGAGCGUCAUUUAAAAAAGGCAUUUUGUUUUAAACAGGCCAAUAAUCAAUGUGUGCCUGUUCCAGGCUAAAAAGUAUCUAUGUAGUGAAAUCAAUAAGAGUUAAGCAAUGUACCACAGAUGCAAUAUAAUGCCCUGAUCCCAUCCUGCAUUGUUUGAUUUGGGAAAGAGAAAGUAUUUGAAUGAUUUCAUAAGUCCUGGCUAAA